AUGUUGUCUCCCAUGGGACCGUCAGUGCCAUCCGCCACAUUGCUGCGCUUUCUGCGCUCGCAGUCUGGCUUUGUGACCGGCGCUUCAGCAUGCGUCCGACCGCAGCUUCGGUCGCUGAGCCAUGAGGCCGUCGCGACCGGAUCAUUGCGCAGAUCCUCGAGCUGGACAUGCUCUGCCAAGUCAGACAUCUGCCCAUCACUCGAUACUGGCCUCAUCAGCAUUCCCGGCGCAAGACCUAAGUCAGCCGUGUCAUCUUUGAUUUCCAAACAGCUUAUCAUUCGACACGCCUCCACGAAUCGGCGGCCAUUCCUCAAACGCCUUUUCGACUUUCAACGAACCAAAACUGCCGAAUACCAGAAAGCACGCAAUCUCGGACCUACAUUGAUUGAUGAUGGAGAGGGCAUCUUUAACAUCGGCCGUGGGCUAGCGGCCAAGGCCUCGAACGAACUGCGGAUACGAUGCACGGAAUUCGACAUGAAUGGCAACGUCACACUGGUAAACGGAGAUUUCCGGAAAUCAGAGUUGAUCGCCAAAUACGGCCUACUUCCCCGAGAUCUCCGCAAAAUCGACUCUUCCACACUUCCUCAUAUACUGGUUAGACCGCGCGCUAUCUUAAUUAACCUGUUACAUCUCCGGGUCUUGAUCAAGGCAGAUCGAGUGCUUGUUUUCGACGCGUAUGGAUCCCAAGACUCAUACAUGCAAUCGCUAUUCAUCUACGAUCUAGAGGGGAAACUGCGCCAGAAACAGCCACAGGGAGCACAGGCUGGUCAAGCGUUGUCUUAUGAGUUCCGCGCACUUGAAGCUGUCCUUAUCAGCGUCACGACUGGCCUAGAGGAGGAGUUCAACGGAGUCAGGGAACCCGUCGUUCGGGUUCUCCGCGCGCUCGAGGAAGAUAUUGAUCGUGAUAAGUUGCGGCAUCUCCUGAUCUACUCCAAGAAGCUGGGUACCUUCGAGCAGAAAGCCCGUUUGGUGCGAGAUGCCAUUGAUGACCUGCUCGAGGCGGACGAUGACCUUGCUGCAAUGUACUUGACCGAAAGAUUGACCGGCAAGGAACGGGAUGAAGAUGACCAUCAGGAAGUGGAAAUGCUGCUGGAGUCAUAUCAUAAGGUCUGCGACGAGAUUGUACAGGCCAGCGGCAAUUUGGUGACCAACAUCCGCAACACGGAAGAAGUGGUCAAAGCAAUUCUCGACGCCAAUCGAAACUCGCUAAUGCUGCUGGACUUGAAGUUCAGCAUCGGAACUCUCGCUCUCGCCGCCGGAACCUUAUACUCUGCCCUCUACGGAAUGAACUUGAAGAACUUUAUUGAAGAAUCCGACUUUGGUUUCGGUGGUGUUUCGGCUAUCUGCUUUGCCAUUACUGGAGUUGUUUCUGUUUACGGUCUCGCCAAACUACGGAAGCUCCAGCGCGUUCGCAUGUGGGGUGAAUCCGGCGUCGGGGGCACCUCUCUGACAGCACUGACCUCCAGAGGUGCAAAGAACAAUAACCGCACCAAUUGGCGUGCCGAUUCCAUCGAACCGGUCUGGGGCAGUCUCCCAGGCGAAGCUCGAUCCGAGCGUAUUCGCAGACUUCGUGAAAACGCUGCCACGGGUGCUGCCAAUGCCGCUUCACGAGGACCUGGUGCCCUUAACGAUAUACUGCACAAGGCGCAACCCCAACCAAGCGAAAAGAAAGAAGGCGGUUCUUAG